CGUGAUUUGGAACGUAGAGGCAUCCCAAGGGGUACUGAACCACUGAUCCUGAAAGCAAAACGCCAAAAUAAAAAUGGAAAAAACAAAAAUAGGAAAAAAAUAAAAAAAAUAUUUAAAAAAACGUGGAUCAUGGAUUUGGUGCGGUUUUAAAGUGCGCACUGGGUGCGUUAUCACCACACACCGCCCUGUUGUGUCUGACUGUCUGACGGAAGCUCCGCUAACGUGCGCACAUCUCGGCUUUCUUGCUUCCAUGGCGAUGUCUCUGCAACUCUGCCGCUUCUCCACCUUCUCCGACCGCUCCCUUCCGGAGGCCUUCGCCGGAAUCGGAGUGUUCCGGCGCCGGAAGCCUCUCUCCGUUCGGUGCUCAGGCGAGUCCGAGUCUUCUUCUUCCUCGUCUGUGGCUGUUGAUUCCGAUUUUGAUGCGAAGGUGUUUCGGCACAACUUGACGAGGAGUAAAAAUUAUAAUCGGAAAGGAUUUGGACACAAGGAUGAGACUCUGGAGCUCAUGAAUCGCGAGUAUACUAGUGACAUCAUAAAGACAUUGAAGGAAAAUGGAAAUGAGUAUAAAUGGGGAAAUGUUACAGUGAAACUGGCAGAAGCCUAUGGAUUUUGCUGGGGUGUGGAGCGUGCUGUCCAAAUUGCUUAUGAAGCCAGAAAACAAUUUCCUGAGGAGAAAAUUUGGAUUACGAAUGAAAUUAUUCACAACCCUACUGUUAACCAGCGAUUGGCAGAGAUGGAAGUCAAAGAUAUUCCCAUUGAUGAUGGCCAGAAACAAUUUGAAGUUGUUGAUAAGGGUGAUGUUGUGAUUUUGCCUGCUUUUGGAGCUGCAGUGGAUGAGAUGUUGACUUUGAGCAACAAAAAUGUACAAAUUGUUGAUACAACUUGCCCAUGGGUUUCUAAGGUUUGGAAUAUUGUUGAGAAGCACAAGAAGGGAGAGUACACUUCAAUCAUUCAUGGUAAAUAUUCUCAUGAGGAGACUAUUGCAACUGCAUCUUUUGCAGGGAAGUAUAUCAUUGUGAAGAAUAUGGCAGAGGCAAUGUAUGUAUGUGAUUACAUUCUUGGAGGAGAACUUGAUGGAUCUAGCUCAACCAGAGAGGAGUUUUUUGAGAAAUUUAAAUUUGCCAUCUCUGAGGGGUUUGAUCCAGACAUUGACUUGUCCAAAGUUGGUAUUGCAAAUCAAACCACAAUGCUCAAGGGAGAAACUGAAGAAAUUGGGAAAUUAGUAGAGAGGACUAUGAUGCGAAAAUAUGGGGUUGAAAAUGUCAAUAAUCACUUCAUAAGCUUCAACACAAUUUGUGAUGCUACUCAAGAGCGACAAGAUGCAAUGUAUAAGCUGGUGGAGGAGAAACUGGACGUUAUGUUAGUAGUUGGUGGGUGGAACUCCAGCAACACCUCACAUCUACAAGAGAUUGCGGAGGACCGUGGAAUCCCCUCGUAUUGGAUUGACAGUGAGAAGAGAAUAGGUCCAGGAAACAGAAUAAGUCAUAAGUUGAUGCAUGGGGAGCUGGUUGAGAAAGAAAACUGGCUACCAGAGGGUCCUAUUACGAUAGGUGUUACAUCUGGUGCCUCUACCCCAGAUAAGGUAAUUCUCUUAAACAUGAUUAGCCUAUGGUUGGAAAAUGUAUGGUUUUCCCUUCUUUUUUGUGUGUGCACUUGCAUGGGUUGGGCUAUUACCACAACUCUAUUUUAGGACACCACCCUUUGUCCAUUUGUUUCUAUCCCUACCAUUUCUUCCCUUCUAGCUGAUUCUAGCACUCUUCACAUUUGUUCUUUUUUACUUCUUUAUUCUAAUGCAAAAUUGAACACUGAUAUAACAUAAUGUUGUGGUUGUGAACCACAAACAACCAUCAUUGCAUGCUAAGUUAACUAACAAUUAUAUCAUCCGCUAUAGUGAAUUUUAAUGCCAUUAAUCGAAGAAUUAGUGAUCUAAUGAUCCUUGCAGUAAUUUCCCAAGUAACCCUAGGACCCCUUUGGUGCAACUGUAACUUCUAGUGAAAGGUCUUUCCUAAAAGGAUCAGUAUAAAAGAAAACAUGUUUACCUAAAAAAAAAAAAUUCUCACACCUCCUGGAAGUUCUAUGAAAGCACCAAACUUUUAGGCAAGAAAUUGCACCAAACGAGAUUGUGUUAUUGGUAUUUGAUUUGUUGUGUUUAACUGGAUUGUGAUCAGGUUGUUGAAGAUGUUCUCAUCAAGGUAUUCGACAUUAAACGGGAAGAAGCCUUGCAACUGGCAUAAUAAGUGUAGAAGUGAAGCUUUUAACUCAAUGCUAUAAGUGGAAGGAUAAGAGCAUUACUGUAUAUUUAAAUGAGAGGAUUUGCAGCAUCCCGCAUUAGAAAGAGCAGUUUCGUGUAAAUUUUGAGCCAUGCAACUCACUUUCUAAGUAAAACCAGAGGGUGAUCUGCAGCUCUUACUAUAUACAGCUCAGUGGACUAUGAAUUUCUCUCAUUAUAUGAAUAAGCUCAUGAAUUUGUUGGA